GUCGCGGUUGUGGCCGAGCAGCCUGCAAGGGAGAUUUCUUUCUUCUUCUUUUUUUUUCCCACCUUGGGCUGUGCCGCUGUUGUCGCGCGGCUCUGCGAGCACCUCUCGUCGCAUCCCUGAGGCGGGGAGGAGAGGCUGCUGGUAACGCCAGCGAGGCUGCGGCUGUGCCUCGUUCCCGUUGCGGGAGGUGCGCGCGCGGCUGCCCGAAGUCGCAGGAGGCGGCAGCGGCGGUGGAGAGGGAGGUCUUCCUCCCUCCCUCCUUCCCUGCGGCACCAUGAAAGCCGUGAGUCCUGUUCGGCAUCCCAGUCGCAAAGCGCAGCCCGGCGUGGCGGGCGGCGGCGGGGGACACCCGGCCCUGCGAUGCCUGGCCGAGCACAGCGGCUGCAAGGGGGGUCCGCCGUCGGGCGAGGAGCCGGCUGCGCUGUGCCUGCAGUGCGAUAUGAAUGACUGUUACAGUCGGCUGAGGAAGCUGGUGCCGACCAUCCCGCCCAACAAGAGGGUCAGCAAAGUGGAGAUCUUGCAGCAUGUUAUCGACUAUAUCCUCGACCUGCAGCUGGCUCUGGAAACGCACCCGGCGCUGCUCCGGCAGCAGCAGCAGCCGCCCGCCCUGCACCCGGGCAGCUGUCCCACGGGUACCCCCAGGACCCCGCUGACAGCCCUCAACACUGACCCGGUAAGAGGCUGGCUCUGUUAACAAGCCGGGGGACAGCAUCCUCUGCCGCUGACCGCCGCUCCCCAGGUGUGCGGCGGCGCCGAGCGGAGGCACCGCGGGGGGCGGGCGGCGGCGGGGAGGGGGGACGGCCCCGACCCGGCCCCGCCGCACCGGAGGAAGGAGCCACCCAACCCCCCCGAGCGGUUCCCAUGCUUCAACCCGGCCAGAACCAGCCUUUUCACCGUUUUUGCACGUCCGUAGCGGCACCCCCCCAACUCCCCCUUCACCCCCCUCCCUCGCCUUCCCUCUCCCCGCCCCGUCUCUUCUCUUCCCAGACACAGCGGUGUGUUGUCCCGCUUCUGGGAUUCGGAGCAGGAAAAGUUUGCGACUCUGCCCCCGGGAUAGAGGACCGAGCCUAGACCAGACUUUAGAAGCGUUCUAACUCUUUUUAAGGGACCGAUCAGCUGAAUCUUGAAGCUUUACUAAUCUACCAGAGCAUUUGUAGAUACAUAUUUGACAUCUAUUGUUUAAAAUAGAUGGAUUUUAUUGGGGUCCCAGGGAACUUUCUUCUCCCUGCAGGAAUGUUACAUAUUGUAUAGAAAAAAAAAAAUGAGUGACAUUUCAUACUGUGUAUAUAUAGAGAUGUUCUAUAAGUGUGAGAGAAGUAUAUGCUUUAAUAGACUACUGUAAUUAUAAAAUAUUUUUAAUUAAAUAUUUUUUUGUAAAUAUUAUAAAGGUGUGGAUGGUUUUUUUUUUUAAUCUGUGGGAAUAUCUCUUUAGAAAACCACAGCUCAAGUGUGGAGCUGCUGAUAAUGGAAAUAUCGUGAAUGUUUAGGGCUUUUUUUUUGUUUGUUUGUUUUGUUUUUGUCCCCAAAUGUCCUUUAGACUCGGAAGUUACAGCUAUAGCUAAUAGUCCUGCAUGACUGCAUGAGAUGUCUUAAUUGCGAAUAAACUUGUUCAGAGUCCAUACAAACGUGUUUUCCUCGAUCUAGACUUAAAAUGUUUGUAAGUGUAUUAUAUACAUUUUGAGACCACACUUUUGUCAUUUAGGCACCAGGGGUUUUUAGUGCAUUCUAUAAAAGUUAGCAGUAAGAUGUAGUGUUUUUUACUGAGAACAGAGAGAAAAAAGCCAAAAGCCUAUCUAGUUUUUGCAUUAUGGGGGCGAUGCUUUAGAUCUUUAAUCUGCUUUUUUUUUUAUUUAAAAAGAAACAGUAAUUCUGCUGUUGCAUCAAGAAAUUUGUUCUGGAACUUCAUUUGACACCAAAAGGUUUUGCUGGAAACUUAAUGUUCCUACAACCUAUUAAUUUCUGGGAAAAAAAUAAGUGAGAACAGUUCUCUGCUUGCAACCAAAGGGCAAACCAUUAACAAAACCAGUUGCUGUUUCCUUCGUCCAAAGAGUUAUUAAUACCGACCUGCGGAAAGGCACGUGGGCAAAGUCGUGAUGUAAAGUUUGGUGAUGUAAAAUUCAUCUUUAAAAUGAAGUAGACCAAAAAUCUGAUAACUGCAUCAAGAUUAUUUUUCUAGUACAAAAUGACUUACAUUUCACUGCAGCUAUGUUACAGUUAAAAUCCUGUUUAAUCUCUGUGAUGUGUAACCUACUACAUGUGAACAUUAAACUAGAUUUACCUGUA